AUGGACGGACAGAUCAUCAACAACGAUGUGCGGAUCAGGUCACACGUUGUGGAAACAUACAGGGGUCACACUCAAGAGGUUUGUGGGCUCAAGUGGUCUGAAUCAAGGCAGCAACUAGCUAAUGGUAGCAACGACACUCUGGUACACAUAUGGGAUCGGUCCAGGGCUACGCAAUGGCUGCACAGGCUCAGGGAACAUACUUCUGCCGUAAAAGCUCUGGCUUGGUGCCCAUUCCAAGGCAAUUUGCUUGCAAUCGGUGGUGGAACAAUCACACAUGGGCUUGCUUGA